AUGAAGAUCAGGGCGCAGGACCGCAUCACGUUCCCGGAGGACGUGGAGGUGUCCGUGAAGGACCGCGUCGUCACCGUCAAGGGGAAGCGCGGCACACUGACGAAGGACCUCCGCCACCUGCAGCUGGACUUCCGUGUGAACAAUAAGUUCCGCACCUUCACCGCCGUCCGCUGGUUCGGUACAAAAAUCAACAACGCCACCAUCAACACGGCGCUGUCGCACGUGCGCAACAUGUUCACGGGUGUGACAAAGGGCUUCCGCUUCAAGAUCCGCUUCGCCUACGCGCACUUUCCCAUCUCUGUCUCCGUGGAGGAUCAGCUUGUGGAGAUCCGCAACUUCCUUGGGGAGAAGCGCGUUCGCCGGCAGCUCGUCGCCGAUGGCGUCAAGGUCUACCGCACGGCCCCU